CGAAAAGGAGCAAGAGUAACGCUAUGGUUGGAAGCAGAAAAGAGCAAGAAAAAACGCAGCGAAGGCGGGGAGGUGGAGGGAGGAGGGAGAAGCAGAUGCAGAGGGAGAGGCAGAGAGAGGCGACAUGGAUGGAGGCAUGGAAGCAUUGUGCUGAAGGUGCAUGUGGAUAUGCAUCACCUCGACGAUGAGACGCUGGCCGCUCGUGCAGUGGGGGUUGGAGCCGCUGAUGAAGUAGAAGAGGCCAGGACGAUCAAGCUGAAAUGUGCUGUUUCCAUUGUCAAACGCUACGAUGGGGUCGCUGCCGUUGCAGUGGUAGAAACCCCAUUUGUCAACCUCCAUCACCGAGUCCUUGUCAGAAUCACCGAUGUGGAAGCGGUUGGUGCUCGCCCAGUGGCUGUAAACCGCUGUGUCAUUCUGGAGUGGAACUCUCCAUCCGAACUCGUCUCCAACCUUGAAAAUCCUUGGACCUUCCGCGGCCGCCACCACCAUCACGGCCCAGAUGAACAACAUCCUUUGAGUGUUGUCAAGGCGUUUGUGAUGGCGGCGGGGAUGCAUUCAUCGGCGGACUUGUUCAAUCCGAAACCCAACAUCAUCUCGAAGAAGAAGCUUGAUCGGCCUUCGGUUUCUUGCACUCUGGGCUCCGAUGAUAUCUCUCGGGGAAGGAAGCUCCCGGUCCUCCUCUUCGACGUUAUGGACACCAUCGUCCGUGACCCAUUCUACCACGACGUUCCGGCCUUCUUCGGAAUGCCGAUGAAGGACCUACUAGAGUGCAAGCACCCGAUGGCGUGGAUCGAUUUUGAAAAGGGCUUCAUUGAUGAGGAAGAGCUAGCGAGAAACUUCUUCAUUGAUGGGAGGGACUUUGAUCUGGAAGGGCUAAAGCAGUGCCUUGCAUCAGGAUACUCCUACUUGGAUGGCAUGCAAGAGCUUCUUCAAUCCUUGAAAGCUGACAACUUCGAGAUUCAUGCUUUCACCAACUAUCCCAUCUGGUACAAAUUGAUCGAGGACAAGUUAAAGCUUUCAGCCUUCUUAUCAUGGACCUUUUGUUCCUGUUUUGCUGGAAAGAGAAAGCCUGAUCCACAGUUCUAUCUCGAGGUUGUGGCACAUCUCGGACUUGAACCUUGCGACUGUAUAUUCAUUGAUGACAGGCCAACCAACGUCAAGUGUGCAAUAGAGAUAGGGAUGCGUGGGUUAUGUUUUGAGAAUGCAGAUUCGCUCGUUAAGGAUCUCUCACGUCUAGGGAUCAACGUCCAUGUACCCAAUAUUUGAUUGGAUGUAACCGUAACUUGCAUUGCGUCUUGGAUGUCUUUUGAGAAAUACUCAAAAAGAAAAUACAUUGUUUUUGGGAUUGCAGAUUCGCUCGUUAAGGAUCUCUCACGUCUAAAGAUCACGUUGUACCCAAAAUUUGAUUGGAUGUAAUCGUAAUUUGUAGUGCAUGUCUUUAGAGGAAUACUCAAGGAAAAAUAUACAUUGUUUGUGGGGAUGCAAGUGAUCAUAAGUCUUGGAUAUUAUAAAGCAACAACAAUAGAGAGAGAGAGAGGGUCCAUGAGACUAGGCAGUGGAGAGCACAAGGACAUUAAAGAGGGAAGACGAGGCGAGGAAGAUGAAGGAGAGGAAGACUAAGAGGAGAGAGAGGGCGACGUGAUUGCAAAAAGAAGAAAGUGUCUUGCAGAAGUCCGGGAGAGGAGUGUGUAUGAUACCGGUUUUGUUGAGGUUGGUAACUCCAGAACCGGCUGAUCCAGCGCUCAUCAUCAAAUAACCAAAGAGCUGCACACACAAUACAUCAUUUAUGGGUUACAAUCAGAAGAAUAGCAAAUGGGAGAAGAGAAGAGUGAGGAACCUGGUCGGAGAUGAAGCAAAGCCAAGCUUGGAAGCGGGAGGGUGUAAUGGAAGAUCCGGUGAGGAGCCUGUAAACACCGAGACAGAGCUGGAACAGGGAAUAGAGCAUGGUCGCUGUGCAUGCCCCCACCACAUACCUUCACACCAAACUCACUCUUAAUAUAAUUAAAGAUUAAAAGUGAUGCACACAAUAAUGUCAUGUAAUUUUGCUGUUUGGUUCACGGAUGUGUUUCUGGCAUCUGAAAUAUACAUUUUUCACACACAUUUUGUUUCUUCUCUAAUUUGUGCAUUCAGAUUUGAAUGGAAGAAGACGACUUACUGGUAGGAGGGAGAGAAAGACCAGUUGGAGUAGAGAGUGAGCUUGAAGCCAUAGACGUCUGCCACUCCCUCUUCUGUUGCCGUCAGCAUCAUCGCAAUAGCCGUGGCUGAAGCAGCCAAGCAGCCUCCUCUGAGAGACACCUGCACCACCUCCCUUCUCUUCCUCCUCUGCCUCCUCUUCUCGGCCACCUCCUCCUCCUCUCCAUUUCUGUUCAUUCAAUCUCCCUAUUUUGCCUUUUUUAGUUGUUGUUUUCUGCCCUCUAUUCUAUUCUGUGGAACACACAAACAAACUCACUCUUUCGUUCGUUCUUUCUUUCUUUCUUAUACAAGUACUCCCCUUUUCCCCUUCACCUUUUUCGUGUUGCUUCCUCCUCUCCUCUUUCAUUCCCAUUUUAUUUAUUUUUAUAUAUAUACUUCUUUGUAUUUCUUAUUAAAAAGAAGACGAAAACUGUGAAUUCCCAUAUUUCAAGCCACAUUCCUUUCUGUUCUUUU